CUCUGAAGUCCAACCGGACACAUUCACUCUUUUCUGAGUUUUCUCUAUUCUAAACGCCAACCCCAUUUUUAUUUACAUCCCCUGAACCUAGCCCCACUCCUACUGAGUAAAUAGAGCCAUUCUUGGUGCUUUCGAAACGUAUACACAUUAUUAUUUUCUCUCCCGUCUCUCUGCUGCUGUUUUCUAUUUCCCCAUUUGAUUAUAUAACUUACCAUAUACUAGGAAAAGGUUGUCUGUUUGGUGUUGAAGUGUGCUGUCCUCAAAAUACUCGAACGGAAAAAACACAUGGCUUCUUGUAGCUACUUCUUGCUCUUGUUUAUCAAUAUUUGCUUGUUGUUAGGCUCGUCUUAUUCUGAAGAUCCAUCUUUUAGCUACGAAUUUGAGGUCUCCUAUAUUACUGCUUCUCCUCUUGGUGUUCCACAGCAGGUUAUUGCUAUAAAUGGGAAGUUUCCAGGUCCCACAAUUAAUGUGACCACUAACAACUACGUUGUUGUCAACGUGAGGAACAAAUUAGAUGAAGAUCUCCUUAUGCAUUGGUCUGGUGUACAACAAAGGAGGAGUUCUUGGCAAGAUGGGGUUCUUGGAACAAAUUGCCCUAUUCCUCCAAAGUGGAAUUGGACUUAUGAAUUUCAGGUUAAGGAUCAGAUUGGGAGUUACUAUUACUUCCCUUCACUCAAUUUUCAGAGGGCUUCUGGCGGUUUUGGGACGUUUAUCAUUAAUAACAGGGCUAUUAUUCCUAUUCCUUUUGACACCCCUUAUGGGGAUAUUACAAUGGUGAUUGGUGACUGGUACACCCAAAAUCACACGGCUUUGAGGAGAACUCUUAAUUCCGGGAGAGAUCUGGGAAUGCCAGAUGGUGUACUAAUUAACGGAAAAGGACCUUAUAGAUACAACGAUACUCUUGUUCCUGAUGGCAUUGAUUAUGAAACAAUUACGGUCCACCCAGGCAAAACUUACCGGAUUCGUGUAAGCAAUGUUGGAAUAUCAACUAGUUUGAACUUCCGAAUUCAGAACCAUAACCUGCUUUUAGCAGAAACUGAGGGUUCAUAUACAGUACAGCAGAAUUAUACAAGCUUAGAUAUUCACGUGGGUCAAUCAUACUCGUUUUUAGUAACCAUGGAUCAAAAUGCAAGUAGUGAUUACUACAUUGUUGCUAGUGCUAGAUUUGUGAAUGAAACGGUGUGGCAAAGAGUCACUGGUGUUGGUAUCUUGCAUUAUACGAACUCUAAAGGGAAGGCAUCUGGUCCUCUUCCCGACCCACCACAAGACCAAUAUGACAAAACCUUCUCGAUGAACCAGGCGAGAUCAAUCAGGUGGAAUGUGUCUGCCAGUGGUGCUCGCCCGAACCCGCAAGGUUCUUUUAGAUAUGGUUCGAUUAAUGUGACUGAGGUGUAUGUGCUUAAAAACAAGCCGCCUGUAAUGAUUGACGGGAAGCGGAGGACUACACUCAGUGGGAUUUCCUUUACCAAUCCUGCUACGCCAAUUAGGCUUGCAGACCAAUAUAAAUUGAAGGGUGUGUACAAGCUCAAUUUUCCCACUAGGCCACUUACAGGUCCACCUCGGAUGGAAACAUCUGUUAUCAAUGGUACUUAUAGGGGAUUUAUGGAAGUUAUAUUGCAGAACAAUGACACCAAUGUGCAAACAUAUCACGUCAAUGGAUAUGCAUUUUUUGUGGUGGGAAUGGAUUAUGGUGAGUGGACUGAAAAUAGCAGGGGCACAUACAACAAGUGGGACGGAAUUGCUCGCACUACGGCCCAGGUCUACCCCGGGGCAUGGACAGCCGUCUUGAUCUCACUGGACAAUGUCGGAGUUUGGAACAUCAGGACUGAGAACCUCGACUCAUGGUACCUAGGCCAAGAAACUUACAUCAGGGUUGUCAAUCCAGAGCCCAAUAACAAAACCGAGUUUCCAAUGCCAGAUAAUGCCUUAUUCUGCGGUGCACUUCACAAGUUGCAAAAGCCACAAGAUAUAUCUUUUGGUUCUUCAAUUGGGAGCAAUGGAUCAAAAUUGUUACUCGGUUUGCUGCUGAUGGUAUUUGCACUUAUUUCGACAUUCCAUUAAGAACUUAGUAUGUGAUGCUGGCUUUAUUUUGCUUAUGAGGGUUGUACUUGUAGUGGUGUUAAUAUGAAUCUUGUAAGUCACAUUCACCAUUUUUCUUUUCUUUCUUAUUUUUAUUUUUUUGCCGGAUGUAAUGAGCCCGGGAUCGCUAAUUAAUUCAUUGGAAUUCACCAUUCUUUUAAUA